AUGAUAUAUCUAAUUUUUUUAUUGUCUCUGAUUAAUUUUUCAGAGGCUAUAAUUACAAGAGAUGACCAGAAAUUUUCAAUACAUUAUUUACCUUAUAAAUCAUUUAAUGAGAAUAUACUUCAAAAUAAAAAAAUAAUCGAAAAUGGAGAUUUAAUUAAAAUCAAUUCAAAUUUAUGUUAUGUACCAAAAACUAAAAAUGAUCCAAUUAGUGAAUUUUCAAAUUCAUCAGUAACGACAAAUUUUCGAAAUUAUUUAAAGGAUAAUUUAAGGGAAAGUAUUAAUAUAAUUGAAAAAUUUACUGAAAAACAACAAUUGAAUAAUAGACAAUGUUUAAAUUACAGCACUGGAUUUUGGUCAUAUGAGUUUUGUAAUGGACAAGUAAUUAAUCAAAUUCAUAAAAGUGUGGAUGAUUUUUCUGAUCAUUCAAUGGUAAAUAAAUUAGGUGAAGUAGAAAACAGUUUAAAUCAAUUCAAUGAAAAAAUUUUAAAUUACUAUACAGUUAUGAUUGGAAGAAAAAAUGGUUAUUAUAUUACAGAGUUUGCAAGUAAUGGUGAUAUCUGUGAUUUAAAUGGUUUACCGAGAACAAUCGAAAUUCAAUACAGUUGUGGAUUCUCAACUUCACAGGAAAGUGGUACUCCUAAUAUUCAAUUCUUGACUGAACCAAAAAAUUGCAAUUAUCAAAUUGGUAUAGCUAUUCCAGAACUUUGCAAGUUAGACAUUUUUAAACCAAAUAAUAUCGAUCCUUUUGAUAUCGAUGAUUAUUACUUAAAGGAAACUAACGCAAAGGAAUCACAAGAAAUAGCAUUUGAAAAUUCAUUGGUUUGUUUACAACCACAUGAUGAAGAACAACCUUUAAAACAAGAUUCUGAAGUUGUGAAAGAAGUUAACUCUCAAAAAAGUGUGAUUGAUCUAUUCUAUAAUUUUAAGCCAUUUUUCAUUGGUUCUGGAGUUUAUUUCUUGAAGCAUAAAACAAUUGAAGCAAAUAUGGGGAGUAGGAAACCAGAUAAAUUAUUAUUCUCUGGGGAUAUUUCUAAACUAGAUUCAAAACUUGAGACUAUGCUUCCCUCUUUAAUUAAAUUAGAUUCAUUUUUUGAAUCAGAACUAUUUAAUUAUGAAGAUCAUGACUCCUUUAAAUGGAUAGGAGAUAUUGUAAACUUACAAAAUAAAGUCACCGACACAGUACUGAUUUCUGUCACUUAUAACACUUUUAACAAUCGCAUCGAAAGAACCAUACAACGUUCAUAUAACAGUACCAUUUCCCAUUAUACAUCAAAUUUCAUUGAGUUUACUAAAUUCCAAAACGAAGGAACAGAAAAGGUUAACUUGUUUGCGAAUACCAUCAAUAAGAAAACAAUUAACAAUAUCGAAGUUUUAGAGAUGAUUAACCGUAACGCAUUGAUAAGUAACAAAUUUCAGAAUUUUUUGUCUCAGAGAAAAGACGAAUUUUCUUCGGAUUUUGAUUGGAGCCAAGCAAACAAUAACAAAAACAACAUUGUAAUACAAAAUAUAGAAGAGUCAGUAGUUGAUCAAAUCCAAUAUUUUAACCUUGAAGAAUUUGAAAAUUUAUUGACUGAAAUUUAUUGGAGUAGAAAUGAAAAAAAAUCCCAUAAUGAUAAUGAUGACACAGAGAAGAAUUCAAAUGCAUAG